AUGGUAGCACUAAAAGGAAACCCCUGGCACUGCGACUGUCGCCUGUCACUAUUGAAGGACUGGGUACUUCAGCACUACCAUCCCGAUAGCACGUGUGAGUCAUCCUACAUUGGAGUUGUCGGAGGAAACACAAGCGUUAGUUCUGAUCCCAGCAGUCUGUGCGCAGGAAGUCCAAUGAACAUCACUUCAAUGUUCGCGCCGCCAUCUUGCUUCACACCUGCUCGUCUGAAGGACCAGUGCCUCAUUGGCGGGAACUUCUGCGCGGGAACCUGUUACAGUCAUGCGGCACCAUAUGACGUCAUCCCGAGCCUGACCAAUCAUCUCAUGGUCCCCGCCGGUGAAGAAGUUGUGUUGAGAUGCGUUUCUCCAACAGACAAAGACGGUAGUUUGUCGGAAUGGUUUCACCCAAGCGCUGGUCCGAUAGAUGGCGAAAAUAACUCCAGUCAGAGCAUCUGCACCGACGCACACGACAACCUAGUUAUCAAGAACAUUCGGGCUGGUGACGCCGGUAUCUAUGCGUGCGCGCUGCGUCACCACGCAGACGUCAAGGGUUACGUCAACGUCACCGUUCUUGAUGACAACUUUGAACCAGAGACACCAGUAUGGGACCCGGGCUUUACACACAGCGUAACCACGCCCACUGUUGACAUAUCAUCACCAAGGCAACAUCAGCCUAUGUCUUCUACACAUCCACCAAACGAUACUUCGGCGCGUUUCCAUGGCAACGUCACCGCGGACACGCCCAUAGACGAGCCGACCAUACCAAGUCGUCCGGAAAGAGAGGGGGUGAUCGAGGUGACGGUGAGGGACGUAACCAGCUAUGCGGCGAUGGUACGGUGGAGGACUCCGGCUUUCCUGCGCGGCUCGUUCCUGAGACUGUUCUAUCACGAGGAGCAGGGGGGAGAGACAGGGAGGGUUUGGAUGGACAUGGAGCAGCGGAGCGUUGUCAUCAAACCUGGCUUCAGGAGACACCAGCUGCAGAGUCUCCAGCCCAGCACGUGUUAUGUGGUGUGUAUCUCUGCCCACACCAUUCCCGAGCAGGACGACUGUGUGCUGUUCCGUACCAAGGCCUCGGGAGUCAACCCGCUGUACUUCACCAUCGUCCCCAUCCCUCUGAUCGGGCUACUCGCACUGGGCUGUUACAUCAAGAUCAGGAACAAGAGGCGCCAAAUCAGACGACAUUAUCUCAACCCCUUUCAGACCCUUGCUGAGAACACGUGGAACAGCCUGUCGCUCUUCGGUCCGGGUGUAGACGCCACCAGUCUGCGGCGGUCCGCAGGUGAUUACCACAUCUACGCCGUCCCCAGUGAUGACGUCUAUGAUGACGUAGGGGACGUCAUGUUAGAUCCAGGCUCCAGCGUUGCUAAGUACCACCCGAGGCACUCAUACCCGUGUAGAGAACCACAAGAGCACAUCUACGCCCGGCCGUGCACGGUUAAAAAGACUAUCAGAGAGGGACACCCUUGUACAAAGAAGAACGCAGCCGGCAAGAUUCUACUACGACGUGGGUCGGGGUCUUACGAAAAGGCUUGUAGUGUGACGUUGCCCAUGUUUAAGAUUCCACUACCAAAAACGGACCCUAACGAAACAAGGAGUGCGUCUCUUUACGACGUUUACGCCAGCGCGUGCAGCGUCCGUUCGUCCUUCGCCGACCAUCUUCGUCACGGUGUAUUAUCAGUCACGGGGACGGAACGAGGAGGAAGGCACAUCCCACUCCCAUGUACGUCAGACCUGCUGACGUCAGCGGAACACGUGUAGAGGACGACCUUUUUGUCGACGUCAGCACGGAGUCUUGUCAGAUGGUUUUUGAUGAGUCAUCGGAUGACGUCAGCAUGCCCAGUUGGGAAGAGGAACAACAUGCAUGCUUGCAGGUGGAUAUACCACCAUUCCAUGACUUCGCAAGAAACGACAAAUAUAAAACUUUCGACAAGCGUCCAGCAAGUUGGUAGCUGUUGUCUCGAAAGAAAAAACAUAUUGCGCUUUUGAUGUAACAUUAGUGAAAAAUACAUUAUCCAUGUAGUCUUAUACUGUAAAUUAUUGUGAUAGUCUGUUAACGUUACUCACAAAAGAAGAUACAUGUGCGUCAAUAUUUCAAAGACUUUUAUUUCAAUGUGACAGAAGAAUUUACAUAAAUACUCAUAUUAUUUGCACAUGAAUAUGAUAUAGAUCUUCAGAUGCGAAUCCGACAAACAUAAUUAUUUCAAUGUGCCAGACGAAUUUAUAUAAAUAGUUAUAUUAUUUGCACAUUAAUACAAUAUAGAUCUUCAGAUCCGAAUCAGACAAACGUGAUUAUUUACAUGAUAUUUAAGAUUUGCUUCAGGGGACAACAUGAAAAAUGGUUACAUUAAGAGUAGGUUUUAUUUCAAAUAUGGUUCAAAUUAGUUGGUAUUAAAACUGGGAGACCCCGGCAUCUCGGUUAGGGCUGCACAAGUUUUUUUUCGGAAGGGACGUGACAUGGAAUUCAGGUGUUCCAAGAGGACUAGCAAACGCUAACUGUAAAGCAGCAAAAUUUGCUGCCCUAUGUGCCAGCAGGCACUACAGGGGUCUGAAAGAGCGAAUGGGCGUUAUCCAAAAAAGGCACGCAUUUGAUUCAACAAGCGAUAUUCUGUUAAGUGCUAAAAUAUAUAUCUUUAAGUACAUCAAGAGCCAGUCAGACCCGAAAGAGAGACCGUUACUGGUCUGUGAAACAGCAAGAUCUACGAAAACUAUAUGUAAUGUUUCUUGACUUACAUCUUGUAGAUAUUCCUGUAAUAUACUUUUUAAUUUUGCUCUAUAUACAUAUACAUGUAAUAUAUGCUCUAGUGAGUUACAACAACAAGAUAUUAACAACAAUGACUACCUACAUAAUAAAUAUCUGUGUGACGUCCUUCUUUCUCAUAUAUAUUUAUGAUUUACCGUUCUAUGACAUGCGAUAUUUGUUGUAACAUCUGCAAAUAUUAGACUCUAUAAGGAACCAGUCACACGAAUAUAAUCCGCCACUCUGUGUAAUUGAAAGACUUGCUUUACAAAGGAUUAUUCUUCAACACAGGAGGCCGUUACUGGGCAAUAAAGCGCCACAAUGAAUUAUUAAUAAUAGGGUAACGAUGCGGUGAAUACAUGAACGUCUUUCUUCCACCUGAUUUCCGUUUGUGCGAAUUUUUGAAAAUUUUCAUAUGUUGUGGAAUGGCAAAUUUUCAAUAGUUUCUAGGGAAUGGUACAUGUAAGAACAUUCUAUUAUUAUUUACAAUAUUCUGCCAUUGUUUUUCUUCAAAUUUUGUAAAUGGGCGUCCGGGAACUGGGAAGAAAACAGUUCACACAUCCUUGUAAAGUAAGGUUGGGUGUCAUGCAUCGAUGGUUGACAAGCAGUGAAGUCUAUAAAUACACAGGGGCAAACAAUACGGUUCAUUUUCCUGGGGCAAUAACCUAAUUGUACCAUUUGGAAAAUGUUACAAAAACUUGUAAAUAUCUCAGACAUGAAAGAAUCACAUAGAUGUUUGAAAAGCAUUCUUGAUAAAGUAAAUUUGUACAGUUACUUU